UUCCAAACUUUAAAUUCAAUUUAAGUCACAUAUUAACUUUUUAUGUUAACUUUCGGAUAUGGCUGCACUUCAAAUAGUUUUCAAUAUUGCACUAUAGACAACAGUGAGGCUACAUUAUAUCAUUAUGUCAAUUUAACAUAUGAGGUUACUUAACUGUGCUUUACAAUCUAUGUUUGCAUGUUUUAGAUAUACGCACAUUAUACAAGUAUUCGUGAAAGAUAUCACACAAAAUCACUUCACGAUAUAUAUUUUAAACAAUGUUACUUAUGAUCCUGGUCAUGGAAAAUGUCACAAAUACACUACAAGAUUUUAUGAUACUAACUUAAAACUACAUUAAAUGAUAAAGUUAUGCGGCACAUGUGUGCGUACUGAUAUUCUAUUUGUACUUUUUCACUUGCCAUUUGCCAGUUUUGAUUUCUGCUUCCUCAGUGCUAUUAGUGAAAAUGAGGAAAAAGUUUAACGUUACAACCUCGGUUACAACCGAAUACACACGAAUCUAUCAGUGUUUCACAAUGAACGAGAGUUCCAGUUACGAACCUCGAAACGAAACAACCGGAGUGUUAUUUUUUCCUCCUUUUCGGGACUCAAACAAGUUGUCCUUCAUCAAAAUGUGCUGUUCGAAGCUUCUCGAUGCCGCUUGCAUCUCGGGAGUAAAUUGCUGUUAUGUGAAAAUGCAACGAGCGGUAUCAUUGGAGAUGCAGCCAGCCAUGGAUUCGGCACUCACGCCACAAUUGCCUUCCUGCAUUUCUGGAUGUUGAGCAUGCAUGAAUUUACAAACUUUACAAUGCUGAUGGAAGCUCAGAUUGAAUAAAAAUUAUUCAUUAAAGAAACUGGUUUGUUUUUUUUUGUUUUAUUACGAAAGGAAUUCAACAGGAAAUGAAAAUAAUAAAUCUCAACAAUAUAGGUUGCAGUUAUUCUCGUUUUCGUUUUGUACGAUCCAAUUAUAACUGAACUUUGCGAUAUAAUGUUUCACGUGACAAAUAUGGAUUAUAAUCCAACCUUAUAAUAUGGAUUCCGUUGAAAAUUUUGUUCGCGAAAAUGUUCAUUUUUUUAUGGUGACCUAACUUAACAACCCCUUCCACACAUGGUUAUUUGUCCGAUAACCAUCUUCCAAAUGGUCAUA